AAUAGAAAAUAAAAAAAUCCUGUAUAAGAUCGAGAGAUUGCUCGGUAAGACUGACGUUAAUGCGCAUGCGUAGGAAUCGCAUGCGACUAUUCGAGAAUUCGCGCCGAACACCAUUACUACGCAGUUUGUCGAGAAGUACGGUGUUUCUUUCAAGUAGUCAAUGUCUUCGUGCGAAUGAUAGGACUUAACUCGAGGAAAGAGAAACAGCGUCACAUUAAAGAAAAUUGUAGAAAAAUGGAAGGAACAAUGACUGAAUUCGAAGAGAACGUGUCCUUCGAUGCCGACGACCCGGACUUUGCUCCUAAGGUUACGCAUAUCGUGGUUACACAGGCCGUCCUUCGUAGCAUGCAUUUUACCGACAUUACCUUCGGAGUCGACAAACUCGCAACGUAUCAAAACAACAUGUCUGUCACUUCGGUCCAACCUGCUUCUGAAAGUCUUUCACGUCAUGGAAGUAACGUGUCCCUCUCUUGUCACAGUUUAUGCGAUAGUGUAGACGAUGGUCUUCAAGGUUCUCAUCCUCAAUAUCAAGAUACGAUUCUAACCAUCGAAGAAUUACGUGCCCAAUUGAACUCAUGCUUUACGUGUGGGGUCUCUUGGAGCGAGGAACAUGUCUCUCUUGAUUGUAGUGAAUGUGGUGGUUAUUCUCUUCAACGACCUUGUCCACUUUGUGAUGGACGUUGUCACACGGCAUGGAAACGUGAUCUCACCAUGUCUCAUGCAAGUGGUAAAGCAAGAUGGAUCGGUGAAUGUGCUCUCAGUUGUGGACCUUCUCUCGAAGAAUCUUUGGUACCAGCUUUGGAAAAGCUAAGGGCAACCUCGUGAAUUUAUUCGUCAACAUUAUCAUCGCCAUCAUAAUCCUCAUCGUCAUUAUCGUUGCAUUGUCGAUAUUUUCGAGCAAUGUCAUCGUCGAGUCGGACAACAACGCAACAACCAUUGCACAAGACUUAAUAAUCCAUUUCACUAAAUCCCGUUUAGUGUUUCUCAUCAUCCAAUGGUCAUCAUCAUCAUCGGUGCGACAUGAGAUGUGUGAAUGUGGAUUAUUUUUUAGGUAUAUUGAGAAAGGGAGAGAGAGAAAAAAAGAGACAGAAUAUUCGUACAAACUUGAACAAAAAAAAAAAAAAAAAUGAUUCCGGAAAAAUUUACAGAUACACAUUUCUAAACAAAA